CUCCUCUACAGUAAUUCACACGGCUGUCCCAACGAAACUCCCUCAACCCAGCACAAGAACAUUACGUGAAGGGAGAAAACGUGAAGGCCGACACAUUGAAGGAUUAUGAGGAGGACUGGCAGAAUGUGGCUUUGGUAUUUUCUGCUGGGAUCGGGAACGGGCAGCUCAGUCUAUUGCCAGCUUCUUCCUGGGAAUAACUUUACAACAGAGUGCAACAUACCAGGAAACUUCAUGUGUGGAGAUGGCAAAUGUAUUUCUGGAAACUGGCAGUGUGAUGGCUUUCCAGACUGUUUUGACAAGAGUGAUGAGAAGGGCUGCUCAAAGGUGAAGUCGAAGUGUGCACCCACAUUCUUUGCUUGUGCAAAUGGGCUCCACUGCAUUAUUGGCCGCUUUCAAUGCAAUGGCUUCAAAGAUUGUCCUGAUGGCAGUGAUGAAGAAAACUGCACUGCUAACCCUCUGGUGUGUUCAUCCACACGGUUCCACUGUCAAAAUGGACGGUGUGUAGAUCGCAGUUUUCUGUGCAAUGGACAAGAUAAUUGUCAAGACAACAGUGAUGAAGAGAACUGCCUUACAACAGCAGAAUCCCCAGGACAGGACUUUGUGACACUGGACUAUCGACUGCGCUAUUACCCCAGUAUCACUUAUGCAGUUAUUGGCAGUGCCAUCAUCUUUGUCCUGGUGGUGGCAUUGAUGGCCCUUGUUCUGCACCAUCAGAGAAAGCGAAGUGUCUUGCUGCCUCAAGGUGUCCACAGAGGUGCAUGUCACCAGCCACUGCUGCUGUCUCGGUUUGUGAUAGUGGACAGAGGACAUGUUCAUCCAGCAGGCCGUGGCCUCUCCAUAACCCAGUGUUCAUCUCAGUCAGAGCCAUUCAGUUCGGUUCAUAGUCUCCAGUUGCUGUCUCGCUCACAAUAUCCUACUGCGGCGAUAGACCUGCCACCAUCAUAUUCGCAAGCUGUACAGGAUGUUGGCCGACCCCCAUGGUUCGAUCUCCCACCUCCUCCUUACCCUCCAGAAGCUGAAGCUCUGUCUGAGAGGGAACCGCCUAUGACUGUCUAUGAGGAUCCAGCCAGAUCCACAGAAUCAGCCACCUCAAGGGUUAUACCACCACAAACCAGGACCAACGCUGACUCCAGAUCUGAAGAGGAGUCUCAGCAGCCUUCAUUUUAAAAUCAGAGAACAUAGACAUGUGCAUGUGCGAUAUGCAGAGGAAGAGCCCUGCAGAGUGCUCAGAAACAAAGAAGUCUUACUGCAGGACUCAUGAAGCAUGUGUUGGACAUGUUAGUGGCGCCGUCUAGUGGCCAGUUCACUGCAUUACUGUUAAAGAAUCAUAACAAGUGCCUUUGGGAGCCUCAGAGAUGCAUCUACAGAAAUCAGCUUGCAAUGUUAUAAAGCAGGAAGGUGUCAGUCGUGGACAAGAUUUAUUGUUCACCACGAGAGAAGCCACAGUGUAGUGACUGCCAAAAACCAUAAAGGAAUGUUCCGGGUUCAAUACAAGUUAAGCUCGAUCGACAGCAUUUGUGGCAUAAUGUUGAUUACCACAAAAAAAAUUUCGACUCGUCCCUUGAAUCUUUAAAAAAAACUAAAAUCGAGGUUAUAGUGAGGCACUUACAAUGGAAGUGAAUGGGGCCAAUUUUUGGAGGAUUUAAACAGAAAUUUGAAGCUUGUCAUUUUAUAAAAGCACUUACAUUAAUUCUUCCGUCAAAACUCAUGUAUUAUUUGAGCUGUAAAGUUGUUUAAAUUGUAAUUUUUACAGUCAUUUUAGGGAUUUAGGGUUUGUUGACAUUACAUCGUCAUGGUAACAAAACUAAAAUCAUGUUUACACGCAAGUCUUGUGUCUAUACUUUUGAAACAGUGAAAUGUAAAAAAUUGGCCCCAUUAACUUAAAUUGUAAGUGCCUCACUGGAACCUCGAUUUAUGCUUUUUUUUUUUUUUUUUUUGUAAAAAAAAGGAGGAACAAGUCGAAAUUACUUUUGUGCUAAUCAACAUUAUGCCACAAAUGCUGUCAAUUGAACAUGUAUUGAACCCGGAACAUUCCUUUAAUAUAGAGUCAAGAAAAGCACUAUAUAAUUAUGUACUAGCUCUAGUACUAAAAACAGUUCUCUUUAAUACACAUUGUUCUAUUCUAUGUAGUUAAUUGUGUACAAAGUGUGCUGUUUAAUAUAAGCACAUGUUAAGGAAGACGCAAUUAACAAACAUGUAUAUUGAGUAUUAUACAUGCAAAGCACCAGAUCCACCCUGAUUCUACUGCUAAAGCAAGUAGCAUUUCACCCAUUAACUUUUUCAUAAAUCUUGAUAGUACUUCUCUUUACUACAAACAUGCCUGUAAUAACAGUACACAGUACUGUAGUAACUGUACACAGUUUGCUUAAACACAUUUUUGUUGAACUCUUUUAUUGAUUUACCCAGCAUGGGUUGUUUUCUGUUGAGCCUCAAUCAGUGGACAAAUGGCCUUGCAUUCUCCUGCUAAAUGUCCUGAGAAACUUGGGAAUUAAUUUUUCCGUCAAUGAUCGCAAGCUGAAGAUGAUGCCAGAAUCCAUGAUCGCCCCACCACCAGACUGAUUUCACUGUAAAAUCGGCAACAAGAGGUUGAUUGUUUUGUCUGCUAAAAUUGGUUAAUGCUUUCCAAGUUCUAAUGAGUAUAAUAACAGCACUGAGACCACACUGCGUUCUUUCACUUUCUGCUUUGAAUGGAUGUGACAUGAAAGGCACAGCACAUUUGAUUUUUUUGAAAAAUUCCAGUAGUAAUUACAUUAAUAUACUCCUGACCCAAACUCUAAACCUAACCCUCACAGUACUGAGACCAAAACAUCAUUACUUCACGUACUGUGCAAAUGUCAUAUAUUGCUAGGCAGAGAUUAAAAAGGGGGGAGGCUGCGUGGUGGCGCUUGUCUGGAAUUUGGCAAAUUGGGUCCGAAUUUUUGGCAGAAAAACGAUAUGAACUAAAUUUAGCUGAUUUCCCUGUGAUCAUGUUGCCUCCACCAAGCUUCACUGUUGGGAUGAGGUUUUAAUAUUGGUGUGCUUUGCCUUUUUUUUUUUUCUACACGCAUAGUGUUGUGUUUUUUCCAAAAAACUCUGCUUAAGUUUCAUCUGUCAACAGAAUAUUUUGCUAGUUUCGCUUUGGAACAUACAGGUGUUCUUAAAGGUGUUCUUUUCCUCCAUGGUGUCUCAUCAUUUACUCACCCUCAUGAUAUCCCAUGUGUGUAUGACUUUCUUUCUUCAC